AGUAAAUCACAAUUCAAAUAUGCAACAAAAAGUGAUGUUUUGGUUAACAAUAUGUCUGAAACUUUUAAUAGUGUUAUUAUUGGACCAAGACAAAAGCCAAUUGUAACAAUGAUGGAGGAGAUCAGAGGGUACCUCAUGGAUAGAUGGGCAACUAAUAGAGCCAAAAUUGAAGAGUAUGAUGAGUCUGUACUACCAAGAAUUAAGAAAGUUCUAGAAAGAAGGCAGGAAUUCUCAAGGUUUUUUAUAGCAAGGUUAUCAGGCAACAUGAUUUAUGAAGUGAGGCAUACUAGUGUGACUGGGGAAAAAUUCACAGUUGACCUCAAUAAGUUUGAGUGCUCUUGUAGGAGUUGGAUGCUGACUGGGAUUCCAUGCCACCAUGCAUUGUCUUGUAUCCUCAAUAGAUCUGAAGAUCCUACUGAGUACAUUCCUUCCUGGUUUAGGAAGGAGACAUACCAAGCUUGCUAUGCACCUCUGAUAUAUCCAACAAAUGGGGAGAACUUGUGGGAAUUGACACCAUAUCCUGACAUUCUUCCUCCCCCAUCUAGAAGGGCACCUGGGAGGCCAAAAAAGAGAAGAAAUAGAGAUGCUGAUGAAAAGAGGAAGGAUAGUACUACUGUUUCCAGAAAGGGCUUGCCAAAUAAAUGCUCAGCAUGUGGUCUAUCUGGACAUAACAAAUCAUCAUGUCCAUCUGCACCAAGACAGUCCAGCAAUGCAACCACUGCACAAUCUCAAAGUACCACCACUGUCCCCACCCAAACUCCCACAACUGCCCAAUCUCAAACACCCACAACUGCCCAAUCUCAAAGUACCACCACUGUCCCCACCCAAACUCCCACAACUGCCCAGUCUCAACCUACAAAUAGAGUUCAAAAAAAGCAGUCUCAAAAUGUUACCAUCCAAAGCCAACCAACAAGUAGAGUUCAAACAAGGCAAUCAGCAGUGACCCAAAAACAAGGAGUUCAAACACGCCACUCAAUCACAGUUGCUCAACUACUUGCCAUGAGGAGGGCUAGACAAGGACAAGGACCAACAGCAGCAUUUCAGCCACCAACAAGUCAGAGACCCAAGAUGCCUUAUAAAAGAAAAUCCAAAUAGGAUGUAACCUUGUUUGGUGCUUUUAGGGAUCUAAUGUUUUGAUUAUUUUGGGAUCUAAUGUUUUGACUGGUUUUUCUGUUAUGAAGUGUUUAAUACCAGCUAUCUAGUUAAGUACUAUCCUAUCUACUAUGUAACCUUGAUGUAAACUGGUUGAAUUUCUUUUUGGGAUCUAGUUAAGUACUCAGCUAUCUACUAUGUAAUUCUGUUAUGAAGUGUUUAAUACCAACUGACAAUGUUUUGGUUGAUUGAAUAUGCAAUGUUUUGGUUAUUUAUUGAUUUA